AUGCUGUGCAAUGUUAGUGAGUGUGAAUGCAUGCUGUACAAUGUUAGUGAGUUUGAAUGCAUGCUGUGCAAUGUUAGUGAGUAUGAAUGCAUGCUGUGCAAUGUUAGUGAGUGUGAAUGCAUGCUGUGCAAUGUUAGUGUGAAUGCAUGCUGUACAAUGUUAGUGAGUGUGAAUGCAUGCUGUGCAAUGUUAUGUGAAUGCAUGCUGUACAAUGUUAGUGAGUGUGAAUGCAUGCUGUGCAAUGUUAGUGAGUGUGAAUGCAUGCUGUGCAAUGUUAGUGAGUGUGAAUGCAUGCUGUACAAUGUUAGUGAGUGUGAAUGCAUGCUGUGCAAUGUUAGUGAGUGUGAAUGCAUGCUGUACAAUGUUAGUGAGUGUGAAUGCAUGCUGUGCAAUGUUAGUGAGUGUGAAUGCAUGCUGUGCAAUGUUAGUGAGUGUGAAUGCAUGCUGUACAAUGUUAGUGAGUGUGAAUGCAUGCUGUGCAAUGUUAGUGAGUGUGAAUGCAUGCUGUACAAUGUUAGUGAGUGUGAAUGCAUGCUGUGCAAUGUUAGUGUGUGUGAAUGCAUGCUGUACAAUGUUAGUGAGUGUGAAUGCAUGCUGUGCAAUGUUAGUGAGUGUGAAUGCAUGCUGUACAAUUGUGAAUGCAUGUUGCACAAUGUUAGUGAGUGUGAAUUCAUGCUGCACAAUGUUAGUGAGUGUGAAUGCAUGCUGUACAAUGUUAGUGAAUGUGAAUGCAUGCUGUACAAUGUUAGUGAAUGUGAAUGCAUGCUGUACAAUGUUAGUGAGUGUGAAUAA